UCAUUGGUACAUUCCCUGCACAGACAAAAAUCUCCUCGUCCGGUCCCGCCUCGUCUGCCUGUGCGCUUGCGCAGCAUGAUGUUGGCGGAGGUAUCCGGAUGGUAGCGGAAGCGGCUCUUUCUUUUUUUGUCGGCUCGUGGGGUGGCCAUCAUGGUGUUCAAGCGCUAUGUUGAGAUCGGUCGGGUUGCCUACAUUUCCUUCGGUCCACAUGCAGGCAAGCUGGUAGCAAUUGUGGAUGUUAUUGAUCAAAACAGGGCACUAGUAGAUGGUCCCUGCAGUGGUGUCAGAAGGCAGGCUAUGCCCUUCAAAUGCAUGCAGCUGACAGACUUCGUUCUCAAGUUUCCUCACAGUGCUCGUCAGAAAUAUGUACGAGCUGCUUGGGAGAAGGAAAACAUUAAUGAGAAGUGGAAAGCCACAAGAUGGGCAAAAAAAAUUGAGGCCAGAGAGAAGAAAUCCAAGAUGUCAGAUUUUGAUCGCUACAAGGUCAUGAAGGCCAAGAAAAUGAGAAACAGGAUCAUCAAGCAUGAAGUAAAGAAGCUCCAAAAGGCCUCUGCUCCUCCCCAAAAGGCCUCUGCUCCUCCCAAAAAAGCAUAAACUGUCAGCAGUCAAUAAAUUUUCUGUUAAUGUACAUCUA